CCAACGGAGCAGCAUCGUCGUCGUGCUCGCCCACACGUCCUGCUCUAGCGUUACUGGUGUGGGCUCGGUUACCCAGUUCAGUGCCGUUUAGUUCGCCAAUCGCACGAGUUCGAUUCCCAAAUCGCAUGGAUUUCUCUUAGCAGCCCGAACUAGACAGCACCCCGAUACUAUGUGUAAGACGCGGAUUAAUGGUACUGCAAGCCAUAUAAGUGCGCGCUGAAAGUCGCAAUUAAAAUUGCAUUAAAAAUUAAACGAAUAGUGUCUUGUGUCUGCGUGUCCGCGAUGCGGAGAGUUUCGCCCUGCGCCAAAUUGGCAAAAGUUGAAUGAUUAAAGCGCCCAGUUGGCCGAAUUAUGUGAAAGUUUUAAUUCGCAGGCGAGCACAGUGCUCCGGCAACUUGCAGUGGAGGAACAAGGACACCCGAACAAGCUUGGGAUAACGAGCGAGGGAAGACCGAGAAGACCCAGAUUUGCAAAGUUCGUGCCAUAAAUCUGCAGUUUGCAUGGCAUUAAUACUCCAGCAGAGGAGGGGGCGGCCCAAAAGGAGGUGCUGCACAUGCAACACACAUUAGUGGGUCACUCGAAGAUGAUGACGCUGCUGACCGCAACGGCAACCACCACUGGAAAAUUAUAUAAAAUUAUCAUGCAGGGCAGGCAGCCGGCUAGUUGGCCCCAGCACAGCGGCAGGCGGUACAAGGCUAAACAUCAGCAGAAUCAGAAUCAGCAGCUAAUGGCGACGUAUACGUAAUGUGCGCCACGGCGUAUACGUAAUGUGCACCAGGGUUUGGCCCAUUUGUCCAAGCGAGCUCUAAACCAGUGGGCCGACGGAAACGAGAACGCAAACUGAAACCGAAACUGAAACUCGAGCUGACGGAAGUGUAACAAACAAAAAAAAAAAACUUAAACCGUUAACGACGGCAACGAAACUUCUUGGCCAAAUGGCGAAAGUUGGCAAACAAUUGCGUAUGUGUUGAGAGGACCGCCAGCCGGUGCAAACAUGACAAAAUGGCGAAGUUAACGUUGCCCUGUCUUCUGCGGCGACUGCAGCUGGUGGCGCUGCAACUGCAACUGCAACAGCAACCGCAACAACAGCAGCAACAGCAACAUCCACACGGCUGCCACUUGAUGGCCAUGCAACUGGGCCAGGCCGUGCUCCUCUACGGCUGCCUCCUGCUGCUCCACGCCUCCGUGUCCGCCUCUGUGCUGGCCUCGUCCUCGGACGUGACCGGGGGCCUUCCGGCCCUGGUGAAUCUCUCGACCACCGUGGACCUGAACGGAUCUCCGGGCCGGCAGCAGGAUGAGCCUCUCGAGAAGCGCCCGCGGAAGCGGGACGCCGCCAAUGUGCCUGACGACGACGAAUACGGCAGCUAUCCGGACGACGUCGACGAGCUGGAGGCCUUGCUUAAUAAUAAGUCAGCUAAGGGGAAAUAUAUUGGAGCGCCGUGCAACGAGCUGAAGUGUGACGUCAAGCUGCUGCACGUGUCCUGCGACAAGGAGUCGCAAACCUGCAGCUGCGAACGCAAUUAUCCCGUGCAGCUCGGACUGAUAAAGGGUUGCGCCAAGCCUAAAAAACUGGGCGAUCAGUGUUUCUACGACGAGACAUGCAUCUACAACGACGAGAACUCCCUCUGUGUUCAGGUGCGGCACAAUGCGAUGUGCCAAUGUGCCAGCGGAUUCCACUCCGUCAGCUACGUGAAGCCCACGCGACGCGUCUUUUGCACUCCAGAUCUCAGCGAACUGAGUUCGGAUCUGCCCACUUUGCUGGGCGUAUCCACGGGUAUAGCCGUACUGGCCGGUCUCAUCUGCAUGGUGCUGCAUCUGUUUAGCAAAACGAAAUACCCGCGGCAUCGCAACUACGGAGAUGCCAGUAUUCCGCCGCCCAUACUCUUCUCCAGCGAUACAGGCAUACCGCUCACCGUUCACUCGGCGCGUCCGUCGUCGCGUUCCAGCAUCCGGUCAACGGGAUCCAUCGGAUCCUAUGGCAAUCGACGCGCCUCGUCCGGCGGACUGGGCGGUGGGGCCGGCGGAGGCGGGGCAAGCGGCGCCGGCGGCGGAGGAGGAGGCGCGUCAGGCAGCGGCUCGAAGGGCAUCCUGGUGUCGACGUCUCGAACAGGUUCUCGAAGACCAAGUCUAGCGUCGGUGCACAGCACCAGUUCCUCGGUGCGCAGCUACAGCAUGAUGCGCUUCGAGAAGGAGACGCAACAGAAGGAGAUCCGGCAGGAGAUGAAGUUGCGGCUGGCCCGUUUGCAGCAGCAGCAGCAUCUCACGCAGAACAAGCCGCAGAUCGUCAUCGGUGAGGCGCUGAUGCAGCAUGGGGCACUCAGUCGCGUCACCAUGGCCACGCCCAGUCCCCUGACGCCCAACUCUCUGGACGAACUGCUGCCGUCGCUGGAUGAAAAUCAGGAGUACCCUCCCAGACUGGAGACGACGAUGAAGCAGUUCAUCCAGCCUCAGGUUGGCGGAGCAGGUUCCUCCGGAGUCGGAGCCGGAGCCGGAGCCGCCUUGAGAGCAGCUGCCUCCCAAUCAUCCCCGGGCAGUUCGAACGGUUAUCACGGCCCCUGCAGCUCUUCGACUGAGGCCCUCUAAACUUAGUUCGCGCAUAAGUAGGCCCAAGUUUAAAGGUAGCUCGUAAGUAAUCAAAAAUGUAUCUUCUAAUUUGCGUAGUAGGCAGGGAGUUGCGUUUUGAGGCCGUUGCUAAUUAAAUUGAAUUCAAAUUGAGCGUCAAACGUGUUGUAGUCAGCUUAGAUUAUGUGUAACAUAGUAAGUAACCCGGCUAGGCUAAGUUUAGAGCUAGUACUAGGCCAUAAGUGAGUUCUCAACUUAGACAGCCUUAGUGUGUAUCAUAAAACGUAGGAGCUAAUCGAAACAUUUUGUACGUGUGUGUAUAUUGUCAUACAGUUUUUUGUAGAAGUUAUACAAGCGAAAGUCAAGCUGUUGCGAAAAGGUAAUGGUUAGGGCCGAUUAGGAAGCUACUGAAGAAUUGAUAUACCACUAGGCUUUUCACUUAUGUAGUUCGACAUGAAUUGAUUAGCUUAAUCUAGUCUAGUCUUAGUUAUCGUUAGUGUGAGAUAGUACUGAUAAAAUAUACGCAAGAUGAAUUUAUACAGAAUCGGUUUAUACAACAGUAGUUUCUUGUACAUUGUACCCACGAUGAUGACUACGUCGGAAUAUGCCAGAUUGUUCUAGCUAAAUCAAUAAUUAUGUUAAGCCAUCGUCACGGAGUAAAUCAAAAGUGUUAAUAGCGAGAAGUAAGUCAGUUUAGGUGGGGCUUAGAGCGGAGAUACUUAUUUUGUUCUUUGUAGAAAUAGGAAUCUUUAACGCAGACUCCGAUCGCAGGAGGUGCUAGGUCAAUUUUAGUUUACGACUUACGAAUUUUUCUACAGAGGCGUUUCAAGUGAAUACAAUAAUCGAAAAUGUGUAGAUCAAAUGUACAUUACUUACUCGAUGGCAAUAUUAUUUAGUAUUUGAUACCAAGGUUGUUGACUGUAGCUGAUGUUCUCUACAUCGUUUGGUUCCAUGAGUUAUUGUAUCCUAUCUAUAGAUCCGUUCUCAAUAGUACGAAAUACAGCAGCUAUUAAAAGAAAUCGUUAAAUAUACACCUAUACAAGCGUAUACCUAAGCGUAUGCCAAUUUGUACUUAACUAUGCUAUACAUACGAUGAGUAGACACAUAUCUGGAGUUCAGUGUUGGUUGAUGUUGGGAGUAUAAAUAAAUGGAAUUUUGUGUUUUCAA